AUGGCAGAUUUAGAGAACAUGCUGCUGGAGGCAGCUGGGAGGACAAACGCAAGCGAGAGGAGCCGUCGUCAGUCUCCACCUUCUAGAAAUCGCCGCAAAUAUUCAUAUUCUGAUGAUGGAAGUGACUCAAAAGAUGAUGACUCUGAUGAUGGUCGUGGCUAUUCAACCAGAAAACCUUCUGGUUCACAGGUACCGCUGAAAAAAAGGUUGGACCCGACAGAAAGGGAUGAUGAUCGUAGUAGUCGUGAAGAAGGCGAUGAAGAAGAUGGAUAUAAUGACCGUGACAGUGAUGAUGAUUCUGUUGGGAGUGACCUCUACAAGGAUGAAGAUGACAGGAAAAAGCUCGCGCAGAUGUCUGAACUCCAGAGAGAAAUGAUAUUGGCAGAGCGUGCAACAACAAGAAGUGAUAGAGAAAUGCACGAGAAGCUUGCAAAGAAAAGGAAAGUGAGCCCCCCUCACACAAAUUCUCGUGCAGUGCGCUCGUCCACUAGAUUUGCUGAGAGGGUAACUGCCAAGGACGAUGCAUUGAAUGAGAUACGAGCAAAACGCAUGAGGCAGCAGGAUCCUGAGGCUCAUCAGAAACUCAAGGAUGUGUCUAGAGAUGGCUCUAAAGUACGAGGCUAUUCACCUGUCAAGCGGAGGCCGUUUGCAGCCGCAAUUAUAGGUAGUCCUACCAGAAGUGCAUCUCAGAGCGAUGAGGAAGAGUCGACUGGUGAUGGUGGACUUGGGGAUAGCGAAGACGAGAAGGCAUCAGCAGAGUCCAAGUGGCCAACUUAUGAGGAGAUAAAAGAUAUUUCCAUCCGAAGGUCCAAAUUGGCAAAAUGGUUGAUGGAGCCCUUCUUUGAUGAUUUGAUGGUUGGCUGCUUUGUAAGAGUUGGAGUUGGGAAAAGUAAAACUGGGCCUGUAUACAGGCUUUGUUCUGUCCGCGGUGUUGAUGCAUCAGAUCCAGAUCGCCUGUAUAAGCUCGAUAACAAAACUACCUACAAGUACUUAAAUGUGGUUUGGGGCAAUGAAAGUAAAUCUGCCAGAUGGCAGAUGGCCAUGAUGUCAGACUCUCCACCAUCCAGGGAUGAGUAUGACCAAUGGGUUAGGGAGGUAGAGCGGCAUGGUGGUCGUAUGCCAAGCAAACAGGAGGUAUUGGAAAAGAAGGAGGCCAUCCAGAAGACGAAUUCAUUUGUCUACUCUGCUGAAACUGUUAAACAGAUGCUGCAGGAUAAAAAAUCUGCAACAUGGAGACCGUUGAAUAUUGCUGCUGAGAAGGAUCGCCUAAGAAAACAAAUGGAUGUUGCCAGGGAAAAAAAUGAUGAACAAGAGGUUGAGAGGAUUAAGUCAAAACUCCAAGAACUAGAAGCUGCUCGUCUUUCUCAGGAGAUGGACGAAAAGGCUAAGAGGUUGGCAGAGAUGAACAGAAAGAAUAGGGUUGAAAACUUCAAGAAUGCAUCGGGAUCGAGACCUGUCAAUUCUGAUUUAAAAGCUGGAAUUGAUGGUAAAGCAACUGCUUCAAAACUGGGGGCCUUUGGUGAUAUUUAUGUUGGAAGAAAAUUGUCAUCCAUAAAAGUUACCUACACAGGACACGAACAUGUGGACCCCACCACAAAUUACCAUCGACUUCAUGUAGCUGAGAUUGGAGGAGGGAAUGGAUCCAAGGUCGUAGUGUUCUGUCAUGGGUUUCCCGAGACUUGGUACUCAUGGCGCCACCAAAUGAUUGCUGUUGCCAAAGCUGGUUUCAGAGCUAUUGCACUCGAUUAUCGAGGUUAUGGAUUGUCCGAUGCACCGCCCGUCCCGGAAGAGACCUCUUUCUCCGACCUCGUCAACGAUCUCUUUGCCUUACUUGUUUCUCUCGGCAUUUCCAAGGUUUUCCUAGUUGCUAAAGAUUUUGGGAUCCGAGUAGCUUGUUUCUUUUACCUUCUACAUCGGGAAAAAGUUGAAGGAAUUGUUACACUCGGUGCACCUUGCAUGCCUCUGAAGUCCUCUGAGUGGCAGAAAUAUCUACCUGAAGGCUUUUAUAUCUCAAGAUGGCAGGAACCUGGAAGAGCUGAAGCUGAUUUCGGUCGUCUUGAGAGGAAAGCAGUUUUCCAAAACAUUUACAUUCUGUUCUCAAGAAAUGAAAUACCCAUAGCUGGAGAGAACAAAGAGAUAAUGGACUUGGUGGAUUCAUCUUCUUCUGUACCUUCUUGGUUGACCAAGGAAGAUCUUGACGCGUAUGGCACUCAUUAUGAAAAAUCAGGAUUCCAAACAGCUUUACAGGUGCCUUAUAGGUCAUUGCGUGAGGAGUUCAACAUAUCAGAGGUAAGAAUUGAUGUCCCGGCACUGCUGAUCGUGGGUGAAAAAGAUUAUGGUCUCAAAUUUCCUGGACUGGACAACUUCAUCAGAAAUGAAGAUGCUAAAGAGUUCACUCCUAAACUGGAGACUGUAUACAUAGCUGAAGGGACACACUUUGUUCAGGAGCAGUUUCCUCAUCAAAUGGUUACAGAGCGAUUGCACCUGAUCACAGAGGUUAUGGAUUUUCUGACCCUCCACUUGUCCUCCCCGAGACUACCUUCUCCACCCUUCGUUGAUGAUCUCUUUGCCUUGCUUGUUUCCCUCAAUAUUCCUAAGGUUUUUCUAGUGGCUAAAGAUUUUGGUGUACGGGUUGCUUAUCUUUUUUCCCUUCUACACCCGGAAAAAGUUGGAAGGAAUUGUUACAUUUGGCGCACCGUGCAUGCCUCGGAGGUCCCCUCAGUUGCAGAAGUCCCUCCUGAAGGCUUCUUCAUCUCAAGAUGGCAGGAACCUGGCAGAGGUGAAGCUGAUUUUGGUAGGCCUGAGACUCAAGCAGUUUUCCAGAAUAUCUACAUUAUGUUCUCAAGGAAUGAAAUACCAAUAGCUGCAGAGAACCAGGAGAUAAUGGAUUUGGUGGAUGCAUCUUCUCCUUUACCCUCUUGGUUGUCUCAGAAAGAUCUCGAAGUCUAUGGAGCUCAUUAUGACAAAUCUGGAUUCAAAACGGCAUUGCAGGUGCCUUACAGGUCACCGCAUGAGGAGGUCAACAUAUCCGAAGUGAAGUUUCCUGGAAUGAACCACUUCAUCAGAAAUGAAGAUGCGAAAGACUUUGCUCCGAAACUGGAGACAGUAUACCUUGCUGAAGGGACGCAUUUUGUUCAGGAGCAGUUUCCCGAUCAAGUAAAUGAGCUUCUGCUGAACUUUCUCAAGAACCACUCUUAA